CUGCUGCACAUUGACGAAACGACCAUGGAUCGAUAAUGCUGAGCCUCUUGUCGCGGGCUGCGAGGACUAGAGGCUCAUGUCACUGCCCGCAAUGCCUCCCUCCACUUCAGCGCACCGCCGGGCGAGCAGGCACGAACGCAAGCCUGCUGCGGCCACAAUACUGGACCUCCUCGACACUGUGGUAUUCGAGCAUCUUCGCCAUGGCAGCGACGUGCGAUGGUGGUAUCAAGAUCCAACGCCGACAGCAAUGGAACGAUGCCAUCGAUGAAGUAAAGAAAGAUCUAGGAAAUGUUGGUCGUGCCGCAGACCUGGAGGAUACGGAUCGCAAGAUCGAUCUUGAUGAGCAGCCAGUUCUGAAUAACCAGGAGGGCGUAAGCUAUGACGAGUGGCAUACGGUCGCGGUUGAGGAUGCAGAAUCCGAUGCGUCAGUACGUGCUUCGACCGAAAUCGCAGAAGACUUCGACUCGGAAAUGGCGCAAAAUCUAGACAGCAGCUCACGUCGCACACAUAUCCCUUCUUGGCCGACGACCACUGGGCUACCACCAGUAAGGCACCAUUUGCCUCCUCAAUCCAUCUAUACUUAUAGGUUCCGGAAGAGGACGGCUGACGCGAACCGAUGGGCUUCCAAGAAGCUGUCAAGGGUUGAGCUUUCGAUGGAUAUGCUGCAAUUGAGGUUCUUUCUUUGGCUCCACCAUCAUGGUGUCGUCGAGCACGUUGCCCGUGUGAUGCCAGUACCAUAUGCCGAAGUCAUGAUGCAGUACCCAGGCAUUCUCAAGCGUGCCUUUGCACAGAAGAAGGCCGACUUCGAUCGGCUACUCCACACACAUAAGGACGAUUCUGGUCAGUUCCACUUCAGUCGAUCGCCCGGGGAUGUAGCCCUAUGUCACUACGCUGAAGGUCAGGAUGACACAUUCCGCGAAGAACAGUGCGAGCUUCAACGCGAAGUCGACGUCCUGCUAAGCGACGAUGUGGUAACGCGUGGCCUCGAGGACCCUCACCUUGAGCAGUUUUUGCGAAUCGCAGACGUGUUCUGCCGCCUUUCUAUGUCUUCUGUACCACCCAACAUUGAUAUCUACAAUACCUUGAUUCACAGACUGCGCAAAUCGGGACACUACCGAUUGACCGAAAACGCCAUCUCCGCCGUCCUGAAUAGCAAGAUCCGGCCAAAUGAAGUCACGCUGGCAACCGUUUUGAACCACUACACCGAGCGAAAGAACGUGCACCGAUUCACUGACUGGAUGCGGCUCAUACGUGGCGACCGAGGCGGCCUGAUGGAACCUGCACCCUGGCUGAUUAGAGCACCGUGGCUCGGCAAAUCCAAUGCGGACUUUGGUAGGAUUGUUCAUCGCAGAGAUAAGCCCGAUCGUUUGAUCCAGUUGCCAUAUCCCACGCCUUUGGUCUUUGACGCUGUAGUCAAGGGUGUACUUCAGUUUGGUGGCUUCGGAGAGGCUUUGGAAAUCUGCAAAACGAUGGGCGACGAAGGAUGGGGGCUAGACCUGCGUGGUUUUGGCAUGCUCCUGAAUGAUUGUGCGGUUCGCAGUGAUUGGAGCUCCGGUCUUGCUGUAUGGAACGAAAUCCUGAAGCUCCAAAAGAAGAGCACUCUCAGGAUAGAUGGGCUCAAGACCACCGAGGUCAUCAUGACCCCACUCUUUGCCGACAUGUUGCGACUUUGCCGACGCCGCGACAAGAGACAGGCAUUUGUAGCAGUAUGGGACCAGGCCAAAGCGACGCAUCCGACACUCAUCAAGCAUAUCAUGUCGAUGAUCAACGCUGACAACGCCGCCGAUGGGCAGCAGGCAACCCGCGUGGAGGAGCUUAAGAAACAACCAACGCCUGAUGAUCUAGCCACCUCUAGAGUCGGAUCCGAGGGCGCUCCGCGAUCUAGACAAGCCGCACUGGAUGCGCUUGCGGAGCUACGCGCGCAGCGUGCCAGUGAAGCGGCCGAUGCUAAUUCACAGCAAGAAUACUUGGCUCUGCAGGCCGACGUGGAUUUUCUGAAACAGAUGGAGAACCCUAAUGCAACAGAGAAGCCAAAAGUCCGCAGCUUGGCAGAGCUCGCGAAAAGCGCGUAUAGCCUCAUUGCCUCACACCCUGAGACUCUCGAGAGGCGUGCGAGCCCAAUACAAAGGGAGCAUAUCCCGGCUAGAAGUGAUGAAGAGCCGCCUAUAUCGUACACAGAGCUGGCGAAGAAUGCAUAUCAUCUCAUUGCGGAUCACCCGAGCACUCUGGCAAGACGAGUGCCGACUUCAGGCAUUUCGACAACAGAUCCAUGGCGUUCGAGCCAUGUUGCCGACGAUAAUGCUCAAGAUACUUUGACACAACUUGAUUCGUCCGAGCAGGGCCUUGACGAGAGCGCGGCAGACUCGGCCGAUACACUGCCGCGUGCGUCUGAGCCGAUAACGUACAGCUCUCUUGCCAGGAACGCCUACCGACUCGUCGCCGACCAUCCGAGUACCUUGGAACGAAGAAGGCCAAAGACUUCGAAAGUGGAUAUUGACAACGGCCAGACGUCGCUCCAAUCAACGCCUGCUGAGGGAGUGGGCCGCGAUGAAAGCAACCCUGUUGAUACGGAUCAUUUUGUUGCUCCAAAAGGCGAACGAUGAGGACCAGCGACAUCUUCAUUUGCGAGAGCACGCCGUCCUCCAAUCGGUGCCAAAUGAUUUCUGCCAUACCGUACAUGUAUGCAGAGGCCUCUCUCGCUUUGGCUUUGUAGGAAGCACAAAGGCACUCGGUCAGCGGAUGGUUAUUCUGCAUAGCGAGGCGUUCUGAAGAGAUGGGCGGACAGUGACUGAUUUUGAACAUAGAUGAAAAUGAUACCCACACGCUCGGCGUGACAUUCGACU